AUGGCUAGAUUGACAAUAGAGUGUGAUGCGGCAUGCAUUAGUGAACUUCGAAUGGAUAGGGCAACCUUUAUAGUAUUGUGUGAUAUGGUAAGAGAUAUUGGAGAAACUGUGAGUCGACAAUUCCAUUCAGUUCUUCAUGCAAUUUUGAAAUUACAUCCAAUUUUAUUGAAGAAGCCAGAACCUAUCUCUCAGGAUUAUCGCGAUGAGAGAUGGAAAUGUUUUCAGGGUUGUUUAGGAGCAUUAGAUGGAACGUUAAUUAAAGUUACACCACCUAAUGAGAAUAAAUCUCAGUAUCGCACGAGAAAAGGUUGUAUUUCAACAAACGUAUUAGGCGUGUGUUGCCCAAAAAUGCAAUUUAUAUAUGUAUUACCUGGGUGGGAGGGUUCAGCACAUGAUGGUCGCGUACUUCGCGAUGCAAUUUCAAGACCUAAUGGUUUAAGAGUCCCUGUAGGUUGUUAUUACUUGACUGACUCUGGAUAUUGCAAUGCAAAAGGAUUUCUUGUUCCCUAUCGAGGACAACGAUAUCAUCUGAAAGAAUUUGAUGGACAUCGACCAGAGACCCCAGAGGAAUACUUCAACAUGAAGCAUUCCAAAGCUAGAAAUGUUAUAGAAAGAUGUUUUGGGUUGUUAAAAGGAAGAUGGAAGAUUCUUGCAUCCCCUUCAUUCUUUACCAUUCAAAUCCAAGUUCGUAUCAUAAUGGCAUGUUGUCUUUUGCAUAACUUGAUUCGCAAAUAUAUGAGUGUCGAUCCACAAGAGUCAAUUAUUGAAGAAGAAGAAGAAGAGAACAAUGAUGAGGAAAGUGAUGAUGACGAAGAAGUAGAACAUAUUACACAAAUUAAUCCAAGUAAUGAGUGGCUAGAAUUUAGAAAUAAUAUGGCUACUAAUAUGUAUAACAUGUGGUCCACUAGAUCCAAUGAGAAUAAUGUUGAUUAG